AUGCUCACUGUUCUGUCACUUACACUUUUUUUUCUCCGGUUAUCAAAGACUCAUGUCUCAGCGGCUGGCCAAGUUCCUCUCUCAUCAGUAGUUACGUCCUUCUCGUUGACCACGAGUACCGUGAUACCCUUUCCUUCCGCUACUCAAAGUGCAUCCGAUGCAUCGUCGUUCAUUACAUCCCAGUGGUCGUUAAACAAAGGACACAUUCAGAAUGGCGGUAGCAAUGUUGCCUUCGUGGACGAUCCCUUCCCGAACUCACCAGCUCCUGGUGCGACCGUGUCAAAUACCUCUGGGCCCGUCUUACAAGUGACAUAUGCUGCUGGUACCUACGGAAGUGUAGAUUCUGGUGCUCAAUGGUACUCGCUUUGGAAUACAACAGAUGGAUCUCAAUUUCAGAGCAUGUUGCUCUCCUACGAGCUUGCGUUUGAUUCUAAUUUUAACUGGGUUCAAGGGGGUAAACUUCCUGGUCUUAGAGGCGGUUCCGAUGUCGACGAUUGCUCUGGCGGAGUGCAGGCGAAUGGCACUAAUUGUUUCAGCGCCAGGCUCAUGUGGCGAAAAAAUGCGCAAGGAGAAGUCUAUGCAUACACGUUGACUCCUAACAACAUUUGUUCGGAUAGCAAUAUAAUUUGUAACUCUGAUUACGGAGUAAGCAUCGACCGAGGAUCAUUUGGCUUCGAGACUGGACACUGGAGCCGUAUCACAAUUCUUGUGCAACUGAACAAUGAUUCCCUCGUUGCGAAUGGCAACAUUAUUUUAUACUUCAAUGAUGUUCAAGUGCUAUCACAACAGAACUUAUACUUCAGGACAGUUAACAAUGUCACUAUUGGGGGAUUGUACUUCUCGACAUUCUUUGGAGGGGGCGACUCCAGCUGGGCAACACCGCAAACUGUUCAUACUUAUUACCGCAAUAUACAGAUGUGGGGCAGCUCCUCUCCAUCUUUACUUGCUGGACAAACGGUCAAUGCUGCACUAUCCUCAUGUUGCAAGCUUGGAAGCAUGGGAUGGACGUUGUCUGCAUCUGUUCUUCUCACUCUUCUCAUGUAUCUAUAGGCUUGGAUGACACAUGGACACUUGCUGCACGCAUUAUGCGCACUUGGAGCAUUAGAUGGCGUAUAGGCUGUGCGACAUUAUACCCCACGGAAAGUACCUUGGACCUUGGUCCCUAGAGUACUAAAGGUCCGAGGUGUCAAAGAAGUCGUCGUGGUCGACGAGGGUAGCCUUGGAAUUGAUCGAGUGGCGCUUCAGCUUCUCAAUCGGCAGUAGUCUGAUGG